GUUAGCAGAGUGACUAUCAAGAGAUCAAAGAAUGUUUUGUUUGUCAUCUCGAAGCCGGAUGUGUUCAAGAGUCCCAACUCUGAGACCUAUGUCAUAUUCGGCGAGGCCAAGAUAGAUGAUAUGAGCUCUCAGCUACAAGCUCAAGCUGCUCAGAGGUUUAAGAUGCCGGAUGUUGCGUCGAUGAUCCCCCCUAACGCUGAAGCAGCCGCGGUUGCGCAAGAGGAAGACGAAGAUGAUGAUGAUGUUGAUGAGACCGGUGUUGAAGCCAAGGAUGUUGAGCUCGUGAUGACUCAGGCUGGUGUUUCCAAGGCCAAAGCCACUAAGGCUCUUAAAGCCAACGAUGGAGAUAUUGUUUCCGCCAUCAUGGAACUCACUACAUAGGUUGAGUUCUCGCACUUGUCCUCUUUUCAUUAUUAAACGUCUCAUUUCUCGAACAUUGUUUGUGUUCCGCCACUUUAAACGCUAUUUUUCUCCUCUACUUUAGAGUCACAGUUGCACAAGUACCACAUGAUGAUAACUUGUUUGUCACUGAACUUAAUCUCCUGCUUUAAACAAUCUCGAUGUUUAGUGAGGCUUGCUUGUUUC